AAACGUGACAGGGAGGCAACACGUUGAACGUGGUUCGCGGUAGGCCCUCUGUUUUCGUCUUACGCUAUACUAGUACUGACCCAACCAUUACCCAAAAAAAAAAGGGAUGACUAUAGAUGUUUUCUUCUUGUUUACUGGCUUAUUGUUUAUAAUAUACUGGAACAACAUCCAGCACUAAUUAAAGCUACUAUGCACCAGCAAACACAACGGUAGAUUUAAAUUUUAUAUUACUGGCAACAUUCCUAUGAUGGCUGCAUUGGACUGGCGUCACUACCUUUUCCAAAUUGACAUCAAUAAUUUGCUGUCAGGAAAUUACACUUAAUACUGUAUAAAUCCUUAAUGCAUCAGCAUAAAGGUUAAUUUCGCUUAAAAAUAAUCAUUUUGUAAGUUUGUAGCCGCAAUAAAAUAUGACGGCCAUUUUGUAGCCAGCUACGCGACAGAUCCACGAAAAGUGUGCCAUCCGACAGAUUAUAUAAAUAAAAUCUUAAAUAGUUUAUCUGUAUCAUAAUGGAUAAAGACAUUUCUAACGUAGGAACUCAGUACAUUAUCUGUGAAUGUGGUGAUAAUUUUCCAAAUGAAAAGUUCCUGAAUAUACACCUGGCGAACAAUCAUGGAGAAGUGGAAAGCUUUCUAUGCGAUGAGUGCCCCGAAGUAUUCACAAGCAACAACAGCCUCAGCUACCACAAAAGAAGCCAUGAGAAGAGAGGAGAGGCUUCCGGGAGACCCGAGACAAUCAAGACUUACGGUCGGAAGACUCCGCUGAAAAAGGAACCGGUUGAGAAGAAGCCUCCGGUUCUCAAGCUCAAGAACUUGAGGAGGAUAGAUUCCAUCAGUUUGAUAGAGAAUUUGAAGUCACUGGGAGGGAUUAUCAAAAUAGAACAUGCUCCAAGCGUACCAGACCCUAAACCGCCUGAGCCUGAAGCCGAGCCUGAGCCUGAAGCCGAGCCCGUGCUUGAGGAAGCGAUGGAUGAGGGUCAGGUGGUGGUGAAGAAUGAGGCCAUGGAGGAGACGGAGGAGAUAUACUACCAGUGUGAUGUGUGCAACUCUAUAUUCUACACGGAAUGGGACUUCAACAUCCACUACCAGAGCAAGCACGCACUGAAGCUGGAGCCCAGCUCCUCCGCCGAGCUAAUCUUGGAGCAGCACCUCGUCAGCGACCACGGAGUAGAGGGCAUCAAGACCGAGGCCGAGGCCACUGCCUACUACUAUGAGUGUGAACUGGGGAAAGAAGAGAUACACAAACCAGCACCGAGCACUAUCACAGGAGGCAAAUCUGUCACCAACACAGUCCGAAUGACAGAUUCUGUCAAACCAGACGAUGUUGAAAAAUUGAACAAAACAGAAAUGACAGCUCAGGUACAAGAACAUUCAGAAAAUGAUAAAGAAUUUGCACAGAAUUCAGAACCAUCUCAUACUGUCAGUUUAAAAGGCUGUAAGGAUGCAAAUACUGUUCAAACGACAGAUAAUAUUCUAGACGUUAAUACAAAUAUAGAUACCAAAUUAGAACUAACGGGCAAUGAUCAACAUAAUGAUUUACUGAAAGUAGUCGGAGAGAAGGAAACAAAGAAAAAAUAUAGACCAAAGAAAAAGAAACGUGGCAGACCGCCAACAUACGACGUGUACGCUAACAUGCCUCCAGGACUAAGCAGGUAUCAGAUUGAAAAGCUAGCUAAAGAAAGAAAAAUACAAGCAAGAAAAGAACAGCUAAGAGCAGCGUCAAGGACUUAUCUUAAGAAACUUGGUGUUGAACAGCGCAGAGAAAUGGCCGCUAGAUAUAAAAGGAAUAACCCAGAGCGCGUAGCGGAAAUUAGCAGAGAAUCAUCUGCUAAAUAUAAAAGGAAUAAUCCAGAAAAAGCUGCUGAAAUUAAUAGAAAAUCAAGUGCUAAAUAUGCUAGUCGUCACCCCGAAGUAUCGAGGAGGGCUAGCAAGAAAUUUUACGAGAAGAAGAAAUUGGAUAAGUUGGGAAUUAAAGUCGAAGUUAGUGAAGUAAAAGUGGAAGUUAGUGAAGUGGAAGUGAGAGUUAGUGAAGUGGAAGCUGAAUGUGAAAGUAUUUUAGGUUUUUAGUAGAUAUUAUAUUCCUUUUUUAUUUAAAAAGUGGUCACCAUAAGUUUAAAAAUGAAAAGGAUAGAUUUCAAUUUCAUUCUAUAUUAACAAUUAUAGCGUGAAAGAGUAUGUUAUAUGUAUUCCUAGAUCAGUUAAAUUGUUAUUAUUUUCAAAUAACAUGAGUGAUAUUGUUAUGUAUUGUCUCGAGCAACUACUUUUUACAAGCUUUAAUUAACUUGCCCUGUAAUAUCUUAAUUAGUGUCUUGUCAAAUCUUGGAACCUAAAUUUGACCCACUUCCCGAUUUACGGUUGAGCUAAAAUGUUGCAUACAUAUGUAAAUCAAAUGACAGUAGGCGGGUCCACACAGAGCGAACAUACGCGCGAGGCAAUUUCGUCACGCACAAAGUAGCCGGUAUAGACGUGUCUUACCAGGCAAUUUUACGAUACGGCCGAGGCGGCGCGCUCAUGCGAGGAAAACGCGCGCUGCCUCGCCCGUAUUGUAAAAUUGCCUCGCGCGUAUGCUUGCUCUGUGUGGACCCGCCUAGUGAAAUAUUAUGAUUACAUGGAUUUAUUCUGAUGACGGAGUCACGAGGUGGCCAUGGGAACUCUGUGAUAAAACAACGCAUGCUAAUUGUGUUUGGAGUUCUUAAAACUGUGUGUAUUAGUUGCCUGUGGAAAGAAAAGUACAGUCAGCGAUAAAAGCUUGUAACAAAAAUGAAAUUUUUGACAAAAACUCAUUCUAAUGUCAUGUACCAUAACUUUGUAGUUUUGUAUAAAAGCUACAUGUAUUGUGUUCAACUGAAAUAUUUGCGUGUCAGUUCAGGCGUUUAGUUUUAAGUAGAAAGUUAGACCAAGCCAACUCCUUAGCGAUCGAUAAAAAGUAGUUAUUAGGUGCGUCCACACAGAGCGCUCUAUAGCAUUUGACGUUUAAAAACAAAAGAAGGUUGCUUUAAAGGCCUAGAGGUGUGUAAAGCAGUAUGAAAUUCCUUUACAUAUCAUCUUCACUCAUCGCACCGGAUACGUAGUAUUUCCGGACCUAAUUUAAAGUAAGUCAUGUGUUUGAACAAAAAUGUUAUGUUAUGCGUCUACGAACGCCUGUGGUCAUUAAAUAAUGUAAUCUAAUAUAUAAAUAUUUAUACAAUUAAAACUGUGUUUCAUUUAAGUUCAUUAUAUUUGACGAAUAACAAAAACACAGGACGAUCUUCUUUGAAAUCUUUGAAUCUACUUUGGAAAUAUUUUUGAAUUCGUUUUAUAUGUGGUGCAAGGGGUCAUCAAUUGAUUAUGUCACACGUUUAGGGGUUAGGGAGGGGGACACGAAAAUAUGACACAAAUUUUGUGCCUUCAUUUUUUCAAUAACCGAUUUUUUAUUUUAUUUUUUUAUUUGCUAUACAGUAAAUAACGAGAUUUUGGAAUGAUAACCGUUUUUAUUCGUGUAUAUGUUACUGUAAAAGCCCGAAGUACGGUAAAACCUAGGAUAUACCGGUAAGACCUAGGUUUUACCGAUGCCGAUCGGUAAAACCCCGAAAUGUUAAAUAAUUAUUGUUCACUUCGGGCUUUUACCGACAUGGAUUUGGUAAAUCCUAGGUCUUACCACGGCGACCGGUAAAGGUUGAAUCAUGCACUGGUUUUUGACAGUAUUAGAUGAAAAUCUUGUAUCAGUGUAAGGGGUGUUACAUGUAGCGCCAUUUAGAGUGAUGCUUCGUAUUGUUUCGGCUAUUUUACUAGUCAUAUAGAUCUAGGUCUUUCGGUUUUGCUGAAGAUGAGAGUGAACUCUACUCACUGCAAAUUCGAAUGCGUUGAGUAGGGAUGUAGAAGUCCUGAGAGCAGAGUAAUGUACAGUGUGUCACAUACCCUCUGUAAGCAAUAUGCCCAGUUGGUGGGAAUUUCGGGCUGUAGCUAGCCGCUGUAAUGGGUAACAGAAACGCGUUCCGUAUGUGCUUCGCUUUCCAGAUGACCAGGGUGCACUGCAUAAUGCAGAGAUUAUCGUGUUGCGAACGAUUGGCAUCUUAACUAGGUACCAAGGUUUAGGUAUAGUUUACAGUAAAAACAAAUUAGGUAUCUAUUAAUAGUUCUCGCUUGUUGAAGCGAUCAAAUAACACCCAGACGCUUUCAAUUAAAUCAAUCAAUCUUGAGGAUGCUGUUGCGGCUGUCGAAGCACCGCAGCAUGACUUUUUUGCCAUUAGGCAAAAAAGAAUCGCCUCCAUGCUGAGACGGGUGCGCGGCAGCAGCAACAGUCUACUCAAGGUAUUGGCCGAGCGCCUCGAGUGCCCCGUUAUAAAGUUUUGGGUGGAGGUGGCAAUUGGGGCAGCGAAAUAGAGUAUGGCAACCUGCGCCCCUACUCUCCACACAUCUUAGUUUUUAGUUAUAAGUUCUUAUUUUUAUUUUUCUCUAAGUACCUAAUUAGCAUAGUUUUAAGUUUUAAGUUUUAUAUUGUUAUGGAUCAGUGAUCAGUACCCCUAGUGUAAAUAUUUUCGACAGCGAAACGUGACGUACGCGUUUGCGUUAAGUGUCAUUUUGUAUGAGAUUUUUGACUUUCCAAAACGUCCCGCUUGGCGCGCUGUUCAAAAACCCAUACAAAAUGAGACUUAACGCAAACGCGUACGUCACGUUUCGCUAUCGACUAAAUUUACACUAGGGGUACUGAAAUAAACGGUUUCGUUUUUUUUUAUACCCAGGGUACGACACGAAACUUAAAUACGUCCUUUUCUACAUAUUAAAGGUUGUGCUAAACUAUUUCUUUUAUACCUAACAUUUUAUUCAUUAAGAAAAGGAGACACUUGACCUGUCCGUCGCAUCGCGUGUUAUUUCACGGUGCGAAGCUCAUGAACACGACCGCACAGGACCGUACCCUAAAGGCAGCAGUGCAUCAGCGCCAGAGUACUCUGAACGUACCGCACGAAAGAAAAGUACGGUAAGCGAUAAAAACUUGUACAAACAAUGUUUUUUGUUUUCAAAAAAAUACUAAAUCGUACUUUUCUUCCGAUUUACAUAAACCAAAAUUCAAGUGUCAAGUUUAGCUCCCAAGAUUAAGUUUUAUAAAAGCUUGUAAAAACUCAAGUAUCCGAAAAACACAUGUACAAAGAAACAACCUGAUAUAAAUAAUAAAUAGUUUGUAUUCAAAAUACUACGGACGCCUUAUAAAGAAAUGUGUCGGAGAACUUUCCGGAGAAUAUUCUUAGGAGUAAUGAGAAAUUUGCUCUAUUAAGUUUAAAAUAUUGUUUCGGGACCAGGUCGCUUUACUAAUAUCAAUAAAACACACAUACGCAUUUAAUUUGAGCAAAAAAGGAACAUUAUCCUAAUAAAUAAUAACCGAGGGACCGCGCUGGAGCUCAGGCAGUACUGAGCGAGGCCAUCGCCUCUUGGAACUCCAGCUCGAGUAAUAAUUAAUGCCCUUUGCAUUUUUGGGGGUCGGUGUGGGUGGUGCAACUAACACCUCUUGAACAGAUGGACACAUGAUUCUACGGGGCAUACUUGGAUCGCCAUUUAGAGGCGACGGGGUUACGUCAGGGUCACGCGGGGUAGUUAUUCUGGAAAGCAACAGCAUAAAUAAUAAGCGUGUUCUCCCUGUCCUCUUUUUUUUGACGCAGGGGUGAAUGCAUUUACGCAUCUCACCUCGGACGCACGGUGGGCUGCGCGCCAAGGGAAGGCGGCCAUAACUAAUAUUUUAUUAUUUUUCCUGAUUUCUUCUACUUUUUCUUUAAAUACAAUUAUUAAGUAAGUAGUAUAUUAAAAAAAAACGUGUUAGGGUAUAUUGCAUGCAAAAUAUAUUCAUAAAUUUUAACAAAAAAGUCAUUCUCUUACCACCCGGGUGGUAUGUGGGACUCGCUCCUCCCGUAACUCCCUCUGUUAGCCAGAGGAAGGGGAAGAGAAUACCCACUAACAUCCCCUGCGGUGUCAUCCUCUUUGCCGUUAGGGGAGCGUCAUGGUAUCGCUUGCGGCAUUCUAUCCGCGAUGCCCCUCGGCAGCCCGACCGACCUGUGUUGGACACCCGCGCCAAUGAGGAAGAGCACCAGGACGCUUGGCUCUCCUCCCACACGUGCAGAGCCGUUCCGUUUGGGCCCCCCAAUCCACUGGCUCUACGAAAGGGAGGAACUAGCUGUUGGCUAGGGCACAUUGCCUACCUAGGGAGGAGACCCUCCCUCUCCGCCUACGCCGGAGCGGUAGCGCAUCUGCACUAUCUUCGCGCAACCGCUCCGCUGCUUCCUUUAGGGAAAUCACGGUUUCGCAAAAGACCUCAACUUCCUUCCAUGCCCUCUUGCUGCGCAACAUGGGCGACACGACGUCGUGCAGCGAGAGGUCCCCACUCGUGAUUUCCGCUGCCACCACCAUGUUUUGGCGUACCACAGCCCAUCGCCUGCACGAUUCAAGUGUGUGCUGGGCCGUGUCAUGGCAGAUUGUUGAAACAACCGUGUCCGGUUGUUACCUGCGUCAAUCUGUAGCUGGGCACCCCGUGUUCUAUAUGGAGCCACUGGUUGAAUGACUGGGAGAGAGCCCCUAUACUGCGGACUCUAUAGAAGGAAUCCUCCUGGUCGCUCUUCCAGCGGUCCCACAGUCUCUUGACAGCCUGUCCUUGCUCUCUCUUCGCCUCCUCUGAGUCGAGGCGUUCUCCACGCGCUCUGGCCUCUGCUCUCAUACGGUAAUUUCCAGCUAUCAUUUUAGCUUCCAGCUACCAGGGUGGAGUGCCUGCCAGGGCUCAUGCCACCGCGAAAUACACCGUAUGGUAUGCCUUUAUUAUGCGCAAGGCCACCACCCUCAGUGGACGCCUUAGGAGAGGCUUGGCUUUAGCCAAGAGCCUGUCCGCCCAAAUUCGUGCCCCGUAUAAGGCCAUGCUCUGAACAACGCCCACGUACAGGCACCGACAAGGGGCUAUCGGCCCACCCACGUUUGGUAAUAGCUGGCUAAGGGCUGAGGCAGCACCCACGAUUCGGGGCGCUAACCUGAGGAAAUACUGUUCAAAAUUCCACCUCCGGUCAAGAACAAGAACCAGGUACUUCAUGUGUGAAUUGACCGGAACCCUCUCACCUGCAACAUCUAUAGUUAAGUCCUCAGGUAGCGCCCUUCCAGGUCCCCCGAAGACAAUUGCUUCAGUCUUCGAGAGGGACACAUUCAAUCCUAGGCGUUCGAUGCGACCCACUGACAUCUCUGUCGCUACCGCCGCUCUGAAAAAGUUAUCGUCCAUGUGCCUUCCCCGCACAGCCACCAUGGUGUCGUCAGCAUAGCAGAUAGUGAUCAUGCAGGGAAGCUGGGCCCCCCUUAUGGCCCAGUCAUACCAUAUAUUUCACAUCAGGGGGGUGUUCUCCCUGUCCCACCUUCCGUACUCCAGAGAGAGCCGCCGCGGCUUGUUGUUGAAAAAUUGUAACUAAACCUAAAGCAAAACCAGAACAUUAACAGUCAGCACUAUGACUAUUUUUAUGAAAUACGAGUGUUAAAUAUAUUAUCAGUGGGAGCGGGACAGCAAUAAACAGUGUAACGAUGCACGUUAUUCUAAUCAAAGUAAGAUUAGGUUAUACUGUGCGCGACUGUACAAUCGCGAGAGUAGUUUCAGCGUAGCAACAACGUUAGCAGUUUUGAUCGCGCGGUACGUUCAAAGUACUCUGGCGCUGAUGCCUUUAGUGUCCGGUCCUGUGCGGUCGCGUUCAGGAGCUUC